AUGCCCUCCAGCAACCCGUUGCCACCCAAAGAAAAUGCCCUGUUCAAGCGGAUCCUGAGAUGCUACGAACACAAACAAUACAAAAAUGGGCUGAAGUUCGCGAAACAGAUUCUCUCAAAUCCCAAGUUCAGCGAGCACGGGGAGACCUUGGCGAUGAAGGGUCUCACGCUGAACUGCUUGGGCCGCAAAGAAGAAGCCUACGAUCAUGUACGUCGUGGCCUCAGGAAUGACCUACAGUCCCACGUCUGCUGGCAUGUUUAUGGUCUUCUGCAGCGCUCUGACAAGAAGUAUGACGAGGCUAUCAAGUGUUAUAGAAAUGCGCUCAAGUGGGACAAGGACAACAUACAAAUUCUUAGGGAUUUAUCGUUGCUACAAAUUCAGAUGCGGGAUCUGGAAGGUUACAAGGAUACUAGAUAUCAGUUGUUUAUGUUACGUCCCACUCAACGAGCUUCUUGGAUUGGAUUUGCUAUUUCAUAUCAUUUGUUAAGAGAUUAUGAGAUGGCAUUGAAAAUUUUAGACACUUUUCGAAAUUCUCCAAUGAUUUGUUACGACUAUGAACAUAGCGAAUUGUUAUUGUAUCAAAAUAUGGUCAUCCAAGAAUCAGGAGAGUGUGAACAGGCAUUAAAACAUUUAGACAAGUAUAGUGAUCAAAUAUGUGACAAGGUCACUGUCAAAGAGACUUAUGGUAAACUAAGACUUCAACUGAAACAAUAUGCAGAAGCUGAACAAGUUUAUAAGGAGCUACUAGAUAUUAAUCCUGAAAACACAACGUAUUACACUAGGCUAGCAGAGGCUGAGAAACACUCUUCACCAAGCGAAACGUUGCACAUGCUCCAAAGAUAUGAAGAACUCUUUCCCCGAGCGUUAGCGCCGCGCCGUCUGCAACUCAAUUACGCGACAGGAGAUGAAUUUAAAGCUUUAGUCGAUCGAUACUUGCGAAAAGGACUUCACAAAGGUGUACCGCCGUUAUUUGUGAAUCUUCGUUCAUUGUACACUGAUAAGGAAAAGGUCGAAAUCAUAUCAUCUCUACUUGUGCAAUACAAGGAGGCAUUAAAACUUCACGGCCAUUUUAGCGAUCAGGAGAAAGAUAAUCCGCGAGAGCCGGCGUCCGCUUUAUUGUGGACCUACUAUUACCUAGCGCAACAUUAUGAUUACCUCGGUCAAACGGAAAAGGCAUUGAUUGAGAUUGACGCUGCCAUAGAUCACACUCCUACGCUUAUAGAACUUUUUGUUACCAAAGGACGCAUUUAUAAGCACGCUGGGAAUGUUCAAGAAGCUUAUAAAUGGCUGGAUGAGGCGCAGGGGUUAGAUACAGCUGACCGAUAUAUUAACUCUAAAUGUGCCAAGUACAUGCUCCGCGCGAAUCUUAUUAAAGAAGCAGAGGAGACAUGUGGAAAAUUCACGAGGGAAGGAGUCUUAGCUAUGGAAAACUUGAACGAAAUGCAAUGCAUGUGGAUUCAAACGGAAGCGGCUAAUGCGUACAAACGUCUUGGAAAAUAUGGAGAGGCAUUGAAAAAAUGUCACGAAGUUGAUAGGCAUUUUUCGGAAAUCAUAGAGGACCAAUUUGACUUUCAUACAUAUUGUAUGCGAAAAAUGACUUUGCGAUCUUACGUGGGUCUCCUAAGGCUAGAAGACGUUCUCCGAGCUCAUCCAUUCUAUUUUAAAGCAGCGAAAUGUGCAAUGGACGUUUAUCUGCGGCUACAUGAUUAUCCUUUGCCAGAUCCAGCACAAACGCAAGAAAUCGACACUGAAAACUUGGCGCCAUCCGAACUGAAGAAACUGAGAAAUAAGCAGAGAAAACAGCGCAGAAAGGCUGAACUCGAACGACAGCAAGCCGCCCAGGCCCAGGAGAAAAGAGAGCAGCAUAACAAAUCUCGACAACAGAACGACCCUGAUCUCGAGCAACCCACGCUAGAUGAAUUAAUUCCAGAGAAAUUGGAAAGAGUCGAAGAUCCAUUGGAACAAGCGAUAAAGUUUCUGCAGCCCUUGCAAGAACUGGCGUCGAACCGGAUAGAGACGCAUCUCAUGGCUUUCGAGAUAUAUAUUCGAAAAGGUCGCACUCUUCUCAUGCUACGCUCGAUAAAGCGCGCACAUAGAUUGGACAUGAACAAUCCAGAUCUGCAUACGUGUUUGGUGCGUUUUCUAUUGCACUCAAGCAAAUCGCCGUUGGAAGGAGCAGUGGGCGAGGUAGUGAAGCGUCAAACCGCUGGAAUCUUCUCCAGUACGAAGGCAGCUCAACUGAACGCUGAGUACUUGAAAAAGAACAGAAAUUCGUUGCCGCAUCUGCUGCAAGGUGCUAGGAUGCUUUACGUCCUGGACCCAUCUGCCCAAACGAAGGCACUGUCCCUCGUGACGGUUAUCGAGGAUCUCGAAGGCGUAACGUUGCAGAACUGCACGAAGGUGCUCGAUGCGUUGCGCAACGGUGACUUUGGACACUGUGACGACACGAUAGCCGAUUACAUGAAGAAAUGCCACGCGCAGUUCCCAUUCGCCACCGCGUUUCGGCCGCCCGAGCCGAAAACCAACAAUCAUCAAGAGAAAGAAAAUUCGAUCAAAAACUGAUCCAGGUACGCGCUAUUGCAGCGUCACUGAAUCACUAUUCUAAUUAGACAAGUCAAUGGAGAGCCCGGGGUACGGAGGCGUUCUUCUGAUCUGCGCUAGAGAGGACUUAAAAAUCACGUUUUAGGUGCCGUGGUAAAGAAGCGAAAUGAAAUUGGCGAAAUAACUAAACGAGAGUAAAGCAUGUGUUAUACACGAACUAUUUGUCGAGAGUAUUUCACGUGUGAACACAGUACUGGGACAGUGCUGGAUAAACAAUCCUAAUAAAUUAUAAUAAUACGAGGCGCGGAUCGCCUACAUCUUCUGGGACGCGGCCCGGAAUUUUACAGGAAGGAAAAUAAUGAGAAAAAAAGAGAGGGGACGACUAGCUAAAUAUUAGUUAACAAUCGAGACCGAUUAAUUUGAUACGUUUGCUUAUCGUGGACGGCGACGCUAAACACGAGAAAUGGGAUGGGGAUCGAGAGAGGGGAAAUAAUCGACGAAAGUGCGGACUGUUUUGUGGUACGGGACGUGCAGUGUGUCAUGUAAAAUAACACGUGCGAGACUAACACAUUGGUACAAAAAGACAAGACUUGUAUACAAGUAUACAUACAUACAUACGCGCGUUCAUAAAUGCGAAUAUUUCUACUCGACUUAAGGUGUACAAUUUCCAGCGAUGCCUACAUAAUAUACUCUACUAUGUAGAGGCCGCAAAACGCUAGACGAUCAUCGAAGCACCGAGUACUGUACCGUGCAUGUCCGUCGUCGCAUUUGGAUGGACUCCGUUCCCACAUCGUGUAACUAACUUCUGGUUCGCCUCACCCGUGAAUUGUUGAUUUUGAUCAACAAAAAAAUGAUCUAACGCUUUUCCUUCUAGACACACAUUUUAUUCCUGCGUUAUUUUUUUUGCCCAGGGUAAUGAUCUACGUUUGGAUUGGAGCCCUGAUAUUCCAUCGAGAAGUCAAUAAGGAAGUAGUGUCCGUUUGCGAAAGUCUCUGUGAAAGUUACUAUAGGAACGAUAAACUCUCUGCGUUUUGUAUACGCAAACUACCAAAGUAUAUCAUAAAUCGAAAAGCCGUUAGUGUGUUAAUAGCGAAUAUCAUCGUACGUGUGUACAUCGACGGAUUGCGGAAAUUUUAAUAAAUACAAGGUUUAAAAAGCCUACCGGUACAAGUUAAAGGAUGUUAUGAUUACCUCGUUUGAUUGCCGAAAAUAACGCUACAUAUUUAUAUAAGUUUUCAGUUUUCCCGUAAAAAAAAACACAUUUUCGAUACGAGAUGACGAUAGAUAUACUACCGAGCUAUUAAAUAAUGUUUGUACAUAUUUCAGGUACUAUAUCAAUAAGUGUAUAAUGUCUUACGACUUUCUUUCGAAUGAGCGACAAAUGGAGUUUGCCGCCGAUCAAUAUUGUCUGAAUGUUUAUCACCUACUCAAACACGUCAUAACAGUAAUCAUAAACAUAUAGUAGAUAUCUACGUUUUGAUUGUAUUAAUUAUAAUAUAUAUUUACCUCUUUAAUCAAACCGUAAACUAUCUCAUACCGGCUAUUAUCGCAAAAUGACGAGUGAUGAGUCGAUGGAAUAAUUUAACGAGAUCGAUUGUCCUCUGUGAAAUCAUUUUUUGAAUAUUCCUUCCGUAAAUGCAUGGAGAUGCUUUCACGAAAUUAUAUAGAACUGUGUAAAUCAAGAAAAGUUAAAUGUAAUCGCUUUUGUUAAUUGCGGUGAAAUUUCUCUAGAGCCAAUAGAGAAGUAACCGGUAAAUAUUUAGGUUGACUCUUAAAACUAACAUAAACUACUGUGUUAUUGUGUAUAUUUCUAUUAAUUUAUUAAAAACGAUUGGACUUCAUGACCGUGCAUCUACUGAAGACUUUAGUCUCUUUAAAUUUUUUACUUUUCAUUUGAAUGUUUUUCUACAAAAAUAUAAAUGAACUUUGUACUAUAAUUUUCAUGUGUUCGUGACAAAGUUCACACAUUGAUUGCUCCAAUCUUUAUCGGAGGUUAUUACCUCGAUAUAAAAACUUGUAUCACACGCGCAUAUAGACAGAUAUAAAAAAAGUAUAAAAGAAAUAAUGCUAAUUGCGAGUUGCAUUGAAAUUUGUCGAGAGCUGAAUCUAGAUUCGCCUUUCAAUCUCCAACAUAAUAUCGCACGAGAAACUAGCUUGGGUUAUUCUCUAAACCAUAUCUUCCUCCAUUUCUGAGUACGAUUGGAAUUCAUCACACAGAAUUAAAAUAAUUGUAGUAGUAAUAUUUUGUUAAUUUUAGUAAUGGUAAUUAAAUGUAUGAUUGCGCGCAAACGAAUAUCUGAACAUUGCCAGGACACACAAUCAAAUGGAAUCUUUGGUAUAUAUUUUAUACUACUUCAUAAUUGUCACAAAUAAUAUUGUUUCAGAGUCUGUUAGCAUUUCGUUUCAUAAAGGUGAUGUAAUUGUAUUAAUAAAUAGUAUAUUUACUUGCUCAUUCUGACUUAUGCCAAAUAUGUAUUAAAUAAAAGAGCAUUGGCAUGAAUCGUAAAUGCCAACAUUCCGUUUCGAUAAGCAAUAUUCUAAAAUUCUAAAUACUUAUUACUUAUUGAUUCGAUUACGUCGAUACAUGCGAUGCAUGGUUUAUCCUGCAAUUUCAAUUUUGUACAAUGCAAAAGAUUUUCUGUGUGAUGAAUUCAGAUUCCGCAAUGUAAUCACGCUCAUUGUCUCUAACUUUUCCUCGCAUUAUACUCACGACUGAGGAAAUAAGUGAAAUAGCAUUUUAUUGAACGAAUUCGAAUAUGUAUAGUAUGUACAUAAAACACGUAUUAACACACGCGCAUAUACUUAUAUAUAUGUAUCAAACGUCUUUAUUGUUUAAUCGUUUCCUUUUAUUAUAUUACAUCACCAUGGAAACACAUUAUAUCAUGUAAAACUGGUUUACCUUUGCUCCGCUUAAUUCGAAAAGAAAAUAAACAUUGUUACAUAUUUCUAUUACGCCAUAAGUACAUUGUGUCACUGUUUACAUUUGUACAGCUGGUAAAACGCAUAAACAGAGAGAGUUGUGUCAUAUACUUAAAUCUAUCGUAGUCUUACUGCAAUUGUUUUGCUUUCUGUACAUUGUUUUAUUUAUUUUUUCUCCAUAUCAUCCGGUUAAUUAAUAUUAGAAAACGGGAUUAUCAGAUCUGUGAAGAUUGAGAAAAAGAGGCAGGUUUUGCUUUGCCUGCACUUGUACCUACUCUUAAUUAAUACUUUUAUAUGUAAAUAUUAGUGUCUCUGAACUUCCAACACAUAAAAGACAAAACAAAAUCAAUAUCCAGCAAUACAAUCAUAAGUUGUAUUUUCACGUACUAUCUGGUGGUUAACAUUACUCGAAAAGGAUUCAUUCUAUGAAAUGUCAAGUGAAAAAAUAAAUAAAUGAAUAGAAACACAUGGAAAG